AUGUCAACAAAUCUUUUCCUUAAUCAGGAAUGGUCAUUAAAUGAAAUAUUACCACAAAUAAAAACCAAUUCAGGUGAAUUAAAGUUUUAUAGCCAAGGACAAGAUUUCUAUGAAUUUACAAAUUUUUAUGAAUCUCCAUUUAAUUUGGAUGGAAAGUUAUGGACAACAUCUGAACAUUAUUUUCAAGCACAAAAAUUUUCACCAGAUCAAGCACUAAUUGAACUAGUACGUAACCUUCCAUCACCAAGAGAAGCAUUCAAUUUCACCAGAAUACCAGAUCUUCAAAAAGAUAUCAGAAAAGAUUGGCAAGAAGUAAAAUAUACUAUAAUGUGCGAUGCUUUGUUUGCUAAAUUUACUCAAAAUAAUCACCUUAGAAAACUUUUAUUAUCAACAGAUGAUAUGAAACUAAUUGAAAAUAGUCCAGUUGAUUACUAUUGGGGUGAAGGUAAAGAUGGCACAGGUGAAAAUAAAUUGGGUGAAAUAUUAAUGGAGUUAAGACGUAAUUUAAAAACUUCCCCAUCAUUAUAA